ACCGAUUCAAUUGGGGACCCUAUUCAGGCCCAAGUAGGUUAUUCAUCUGCCGGGUUGCUAUCCAGUAGUGAUGUGAUCAACGCGACGUGUUACGUAAAUCGCUAUAAAGUCUCCGACGAUGACGGCCUAUGCGAGACAGCAUACGCGACAAGCACCACGGCUGGCGCUCUGUGCUUCGCUGCAAUGAUAUGCAUGGAAGAAAACAUGUCGAUGCUCGUCCACGCUGCGAUGGAAGACAGACCUUCUCAGUCUGCUGUCCUGCGGCUGUGCCGAUUUCCUCAUAUCGGAAGCAGACGUCCCUCACAUGGCCACCACUGAUGGUGCGGGUCUCCACAGCUGGAUGCACACUGUCCGUUGUGGUCAGCGCCGUGUGUGAGCUUGCGACGAUCAGCGCCACUGUGCGCACCCGAUACAAAGCGUACGGCCAGCAGCUGGGAAGGCACCGAAAUGCUUAAAUACUCAAGUUCAAGAGUCACAUUUGCGCCUCUGCUACCAUAAUGUCUCUUGCGCUGCUCAAGAUCCCCAUGCUGUUCAUCGCCGCCGCCGCAAUCCAUGUCUCCAGCGCUGCACCC